AUGACCGGCCUCUUCCCCUCCAUCCCCGUGCCUCAGGCGCUCGUCUCCACGCUCGCACGCCCUACCGCCGCCAUCGCGCGAUCCUCCAUCCUCGCCCUCUUCUCCAAGCUCACUGUCGGAGAACUCGAGGUGCGCCUGCCCUCGGGUCAAGUACACCGCUUCGGUGACCCCACGCUCGUUCGCAGCAAGCAGCACAAUCACGAAGAACCCGACUCCACCGCUGCAGCCAAGCUCAAGUCAUCCUCCGCUGCACCUGCCGUCGCACCCAACUCGGCUACCGCACCACACGCCGUGCUCAUCGUCAAGAACGAUGCAUUCUGGACACGCAUGUUCUUCGGCGCCGAUCUCGGUUUUGCAGAGGCAUACAUGAUCGGAGACGUAGACACCCCCGACCUCGCCGCCUGCUUCGACCUCUUCAUCCUCAACCGCACCAGCCUCAACAACCUCGAGAACGUCAGCCUCGCAAGCUCCCUCAUCGCCUCCGCACAGGGCAUGCUCAACAAGCGCUACGCCAAUACAAAGGUCGGCAGUCUGCGCAACAUCGGCGCACACUACGACAUCAGCAACACCAUGUACAAGGCCUUCCUCUCCAAAGACAUGACCUACUCCUGCGCCGUCUUUGACACGCUCGAUGCCGACGUCUCGGGGCCCUUGCUCGCUCAGAUCAACCAGCAGACGCGCGCCGCUCUCGGCACCGCCACCAACGGCCAUCCCAACCCGGCAGCCGCAGCCGGCGUCUUUGAGCCUCUUCGAUUCACCUCCGACGCCACCGCCCACUCCGACAGCACAUCAACAGGCGUGCCGAGAACAGACGACCUGCCUACGCCUCCCUCCGAGGCCGAUGCACACGCCCGGGCACAGUCGGCUGCAGCCGACUACGACGAGCUCGAAGAGGCGCAGAAGAACAAGCUCCGCCUCAUCAUCCGUCGCGCCAACAUCCGCCCCGGCGACCGCGUCCUCGAAAUCGGCACCGGCUGGGGUUCCUUCGCCAUGGAGGCCGUCCGCAUGACCGGCUGCACCGUCGACAGCGUCACCCUCUCCGUCGAACAGAAGGCGCUUGCCGAGCAGCGCAUCGCCGAGGCUGGCCUCGAGUCCAAGAUCAAGGUCCACCUCAUGGACUACCGCGACUUCCCCGCCAGCUGGACCGACUCCUUCGACCGCGUCUGCUCCAUCGAGAUGCUCGAGGCGGUCGGCAUCGAGUUCCUGCCCAUCUACUUCUCCUGCGUCGACCGCGUGCUCAAGCGUCAGGGAGGCGUCGCCGUCUUCCAGUGCAUCACCAUGCCCGAAUCGCGCGCCGAAGCCUACUACAAGGGCGUCGACUUCAUCCGCAAAUGGAUCUUCCCCGGCGGCGUGUGCCCCUCGGUCACCUCGCUCGUCAACGGCGCCACCGACGGCUCCAAGGGCAACCUCAUCCUCGACACGCUCGUCAGCAUCGGCCCGCACUACUCGCGCACGCUGCGCGAGUGGAACAACCGAUUCCAGGCCAACUUUGACAAGAUCAUCCGCCCCGCCCUCCUGCGCGACCACGACGAGAUCAGCAACCUCCCCGCCCAACAGCAGCAGCACGAGGUCGACGUCUUCCGCAGGAAAUGGAUCUACUACUUCGUCUACUGCGAGGUCGGCUUCACCCAUCGCGUCAUCAACGACCACAUUCUCGCCUUCACCCGCGAAAACAACACCUCCCUCCCCGUCUGCUCGGGCUAG